AUGUCACAUCCACUCGUGGCAGCAGUGUGGGAACAGCUACGGCGUCGUGACAUAACCAAUAUCGUCAGGGAAAUCAUCGGCGAACAUGCCACGGAUGUCGCGAUUUUCCAGGCGGAAGAUGCUUCCGAUGUCGCGAAAGUCGAGCAGCUCAUGCAUGCCGUGUUCUGGAUCAAAGCCAUUUUUGACCUGCAGAGAACCUACCUGCAGGGGCUAACGAAUUUUGACGAUGGCCACCCCUCGUCCACUUCAUAUCUACUCCCUUCCGAAGUCAUCUUCUCGACCCUCAUGUACCUAGUGCAGGUGAAGCCGAAGUUGUUCCCGUGCACCAAACCAACCGCCCCGGAGCUGGUCAAAUAUAGACACUUUCUCGCCCUCACGUUACUCGCCGGGGCGCGACUGCUUCUGUUGCGAGGUCAAAGCAUUCGCCAUGAGAUGAAAUUCAAUCUUGAACGUGCGAUCAGGAAAGCAUGGCAAGACUCGGAGCUGCCCGGUGCAGACAGGUUUAUGGUCAGCGAUUUACUACCGAAAGUCAUCGAUAGUAUAGAAUCCUCCGAUUCGUCAUCUAAAAGUCAUCUGUUUUUCUCUGCAUCGCAGGGAAGUAAUUCUAAAGUCACGGCCAUGGAACCUAACUCCUUACUGGGAAAUACGGAGACUUUAACCGACCUUUUGUCGGGUCUCCUGAAGAAAAAUACCGAUCAGACGACUCCCUUCUUAUCUUUGUUUGACAUGCUCUGGGCAGCCGAGGCGACAAUGGUACAGUCCCAUAUAGAUCGCCGCCGUAUAUCCCAAGAGCAAGGGGAUAGCCUCGCUGCAGCACUGGACGUGGAUGAGAUCUUUGAGCGCACGCGAGAGAACAAAAUGAAGCUGGCGAAGACGGUCUUGGCGGCUUUCAACGAUGAAUUCACGGCACCUCCGCUUCAGAUUCUUGCGACGGUUGUGCUAAGCCAAAAUGCCGAAGCUCAAGCGCCCCUCCAAACUCGAAGAAUCCGGGAUACUUGGAGUCAGCUAUCUCGUAUCAGGGAAGUCUGCGAAGCAUCCCUGAGUCAUCUGGUGAGAUGGCUUAUUAACCGUAGAGUCCAACUGUGGGGUUGCAACGGAGAGCUGGAGGCUACCUCGCACGACUAUCAGCAGAAUCUCACCGAGUGGUUGCAGCUUUCACCCCUCCAAGAAGCGAAUCAAUCAAACCGUCAAGAUGAAGUAUUUUACGUGGUGGAUUGCCCUGCUGUCCAUUCAGUCCCCCGAUCAUUAUUGGAAGAGCGAAUGGACAAAAAUGCCUGCGAGCAAUUGCGAGCGAACUCCCAGGUCCUGACACUAAAUAUUUACUGCCCUCUGUGUCCAACAAACACGAAAAUACAACAUGCUCGCAUGGUUGAAUCCGCCAGGCUUUCUCACCCACGCAUCGGCUUUGAAUCGGGCAGUACCAGAAGCUACUCCUUUCCCGAUUCCAUGUCUCGAGACACGACCUCCUCGAGCUCCCUUAGUCAUUCUACCAGCCAUUCAUCCGUCCGUAUAGAUUCAGGCGACGGGGCAUGGAGUCCGAUCUCGCCUGCGACUUUCAAGCCCGUAUUCAAUGCGAUGAAUAACAAACAUUCUCCUACGACACCCUCCGACCCACAUGCCUCAUUUCUGGCACGUAGCAAAACCGAUUAUUUAUAUGAAAAGUCCGCUACAAAGUCAUUCCCCCGAGAACUGAAAAAUGUCUCUCUACCCUUCUCCACCGGUUCUUCCCUGUUUCGACGGGUGUCUGUGAAGAAGAAUCAUUUACCUCGUGAGCCCAGAUUCUGCUUCUCUGCGUCAGGCCGAAGCCUUCUUCUUUGGGGCGUCGGAAGUAAUUGGGUGGCCAGAUUUGAAACGCCCAGUGCAGGAGCACAGAAGCCAAGGAGUUAUCGAUACGAUGUUUCCGGUGUGCAGUACGUUGCUGCCGGAGACCAGCGCUGCGCGGUGAUAGCCGCUGUUGGAGAGCAUUACGAGCUUCUGGUAUUCAAGGGGUUUGGCCUCAGCGCCGAAGCUCAUUUGCCGAUCGAGAUUCACGACCCAUCCCUACCUCCUAUCCAUAUGGUUAUGUCUCGCGAUGAUCGAUACAUUGCGUUUACCCUCAAAAGCGAAGUUCGCGUUUACGAAAUUAUUGCGGGUGGUAUUGUACGAGUCUCAUUCGGUGAUACGGGAGACCCCAGCGCAUCUCUAUAUGAUAUGACUGCGGCCCCAGCGCACAUUGCCUCGCCCCUAGGAAAUGACGGUACUCCAGGGGGGCAAGAAACGAUCAUUGAAAGAAAGCUUCAAUUCUCGGUCGACGGGAAAUAUUUUGUCAUUGCGACACACCUUACCGACUGCAAUGCCUAUGUUGACGUGUGGGACCUGUCCCUGAAGCGGUGGGAUACUGUACCUGGGAAAUCACAGUCGUUUAGGCUUUCUCACCGAACGACUAACAACAAAGACCUCACCUGCGUGUUCUACGAUAACGUUCACCAUGCAGUUCUCCUACCUGCCUAUUUCGAGAAGGAAUUCCCCAAAUCAUCCUCAGUUGCCGACAAAGACAUGCUUAAAGACCCAAAUAGCACCCGCAUAACGCACGCAGCCCAGUCCGGCUCUGGGUCGCAGUUUGCCAUUGCGAACGGCAUGAACCAGAUUUACUUGUUCGACUCCAAUGCUAGUGGGUCUACGCGUGUGGCUCGGAUAAAGAAAGCCUCGCAUAAGAUCAGUUCGUCCGUUUUCCGACCCGGUUACUUGAGCCUGGCCUUCCCACAGGAUGAUGAAAUUUUUCUUUUCUGGAUGGAUAAUGGCAAAUUGAUGCUCCGGGCGGUGCGAUUGCACGAAGGGACUCAGACAUCGAAAGAUUAUGAUUUGCGCUCUGAUUUUGACCGGCUGAUUCUUGAACGGCCCACGGCUGAUGUGCAACUCCGGCGAGCUUCACUGCUCUCCAAGCAACAGAACCCUGAGCUGGAUGGUCUGAACAACAACAUAUUUCUUCCCUUUUCAUUUGAUUGCCCCCGCACUACGUUUAUCGUCAUGUCUCAGUCGGAGAUUCGCGAUGCCCGUCGGCCCUCCCAGGCCGAGAAUCAGACCAUUCUCAAAUCUGAGAUCCCGUUGAAAGAGCGCUUCUUCCGUUACUUCCAACAUGAGAUCACUGCAUUGCAAGAACAGAUGGACCGUCUCGCGGAUACCUCUCUUGUGGGAGGAGAGCGGACGGAUGCGACCGACCACUGCCUAGCUGGCAUUGCCCGACUGUCCAACGAAGUCAAGGAUGCAGCGAGCUAUAUUCCCACAUAUGACCAGCGGAUAUAUGCGGAAGCGAUCAAGGCCCUCCAAGACAAGCUGGUUGAAACUCGGGCGACGGUCGAGCCGCGUCCUAAGUUCAGCUUCAAGACCAAAAAGAAUGCUUCGGCAAUUUCCUUGUCGGAUGCGGCCAACAUAGUAUACCACGGUCGGAGUAUGCCCGGAUACCUUUCGCCGGGGACAUCCUCCGUGGAUUCAUCUGCCGCGCAGACCCCCAACUAUCCCUCCACACCGUUAAAUGAGCCGGAGCGCAUCCUGCAACCGAGAGCCGAGAUUGCGCCGACUUCUUUCCCAGUCAUUCCCCCGAUCGACGUGGACGAUGGGGAAGAAAAGUCGAAAAACGAGAAGGGCAAGACCUUCGCGGCCACUGCUGUGUCAUCUGUGUCGGUGAACAACCAUGUUGGGCUCCAUAUCAUGCUUCCAUCCUCCGGUUCGACUGCUACGGUGCCUGCCUCUAUCACGUCCUUGCGCCAUUGCGUUGUGGAUAUGUCCAUCCCAACUGCCAACGGAAAGCCCUACGCCAGUCUGACGAUCAAGGGUGUCAAGGAGAGCUUGCUGGUUUGUGGGCAGAUCAAUGGUCCAGCCCACAUCACCGAUGUGGAGAACAGUACUAUUGUAGUCACUUGCCGCCAAUUCCGCAUGCACAACUGUGCCAACGUGGAUGUCUACCUGAGCGCAUCCAGCAAUCCGAUUAUCGAGGAUUGCACCAAUAUUAGGUUCGCCCAGAUACCAAGAGUAUAUGCGCUGGACCACGACCACCCGGACAGUGAGGACCACUGGAGCCAGGUUGAAGAUUUCAAAUGGAUCAAGUCAGAACCCAGUCCUAAUUGGAGUUUGAUUCCUCGCGAGAGCGCAGUCCCCGAGGAAGUAUGGGCUGAAAUCGUCCCCGGUGGCCCAGGAUGGUCCCUCGACGACAUUUUGCGCGCAAUUAACAUUGCCACCUAGUGACACCUUCCACUCAUGAAAUGCCCGUUUGUGGCUGCAUAUAGGUAUACCAAUGCAAAUGCAAAUAUUCUGUCAUGGGUGAUGAAACGUUGGACGCAGAUAACACCCUUGACUAGGGAUCUCUCCAAUACUAAUUUAGUUGAUCCAUCUGGUUGGCAUUAUGUUCUCGUUCAGUUGGGGGCCUAGGUCACCUCUAUCACGUCAGUUGCGAUUUACUCUACUAUGCUAUGAAAAUCCUGUGAAUUGAGGCACGUCAAGAUUGCAUUUAUGGAAUGGGGCGUUCUCGGCCAAGUCAUCUCUUUCCAGACGCUGAUUCUCUCGUUUGUACUUGUAUUCGGUGCAGGCAUCAAUCAGAAGACCGACAACAUGCCGGUUAUUAUAUACUGUUAAUCCAAUGCUUGAAUGGACAUAUUAUGAACAACAACAUCGCUCUCUAAUCUAUCAACGAAUAUAUUC